AUGCCGUUAGUUCCUAAGUCUUCCUAUUACGAUAAGAAUUACAAACAAUCUGCUGCCCUCAUUCGAGCGCGGAGACCAUAUCUUGUCAAGAAUGCUUUGACAGGGGUUGGCAUUGCUGCAUUUGCUCUUGGAGUGUUAGCAGUUUCGCAAGACGACUUCGAAGAUGUCAAAGUACCAGCCGCACCAACUACACGGGAUUCUUGA